GUGGAGUCUACGCUUUGGUGGACUCGGGGGCCACGCACCCGUUACGUCGAGCUGUUACGAAGGACGAGUGGCAGAGCAGCAGCGCGGUACUAGUCAAUCUGGCUGGAGGAGAAACGGUAGAGUUGAAGAUGAAUGCAGCUGGAACAUUGCUGGUACCACCGUCGAGUUCCUCUGAGGCGACUUCGGCAACUGCGCCUAUUGCGCCGCUUGGCUCUUUGGUGGAGAUGCUGGGUUAUCGGCUGGAGUGGGCAGGUUCUAGAUGCAAGCUGUUUGGCCGUGAUGGGGAAGUGAUCAACUUACGUGUUCGCAACGGAUGUCCAGAGAUCACGGAGCAGCAGGCGCUGUCCCUUAUCAGCAAGAUUGAAGACAGGAAGCUGGAGUCGCUGAAGUCACUCACUGAGAUUACCAAGGCCAAGGUUCGUGAAGCAGCUUUGGCACUGAACAAGACGUGGUUCGAUCAUUUGCUGACGUACUGUGAAGCAGGAUUGAGUACGGAGGCUUUGCUUGCCAUUGACAGUGCGCCUUUCUUCGAAGGAGUUCCUCGACCAGCUCUUCAAGGCCUUGUAGAAGCAGUCCCUAUUUCCAAUGGCUGGGAUGCUCUAAAGGGUUUCAGCCACCUCAACAGGAGAAAGAGAAAGAGGCUGUGGGAAUCUUCGCAAUGGGUGGUUCAUUUGUACUCUGGAAAGCACCCCAACAAUGAGCUUAUGUUUUUGGAGCGUCAAGGUUUUGUGGUGCUGGAGCUUGAUCUGGAAAGGGGAAAGACGCAUGAUGUGAACAACCCUUUGGUGUGGAGAGCUCUAGAGUGGGGAGCCAGAAAUGGCCGUAUCGCUUCAUUGGUGGGAGGACCUCCCCAGAACUCCUUCAUGUUGCGGAGACACAUGACCCCUGGACCAGAGCCUCUCCGAUCUGCUGAAUACCCUUAUGGAGGUUGGACGGGGCAGUCAGCAGCGGAGGUCGACUAUGUGAACAAACAUACUGGGUUGUUUGCCAAGAUGCUGUAUCUGCACGCAUUGUCGACAGCGGGUAGAGCCAAGUAUCCUCCAGAUCCUGCUGAUGUUCGUGAGGUUGGUUUCCUACUUGAGCAACCGCGAGAUCCCAGGGGAUACCUUCGUUUUGAUGACCCUCUGUUCCAAGACUGUGUGAGUUUUUGGAGAACGUCGAUGUGGCAGGAGUAUGCAGAAGAGGCCGGCUUGUCAAGCUACUCGUUCGACAUGUCGUCAUUAGGGAAAGCGCUUCCGAGGCACACUACAAUUGGAACGAAUUUGCCGUUGAGACAUUUAGAUGGGCUCCGAGGUCGGAUACAGCGUGAUGCAACACCUCCUGAGCGGGCUCCUCCUUCAGUUUGGUCUCGAGAGUUCUCGGAAGUGGUGGCCAUUGCGAUAAGAUCCCAGCGCUUAGCACCGAAGAUGUUGAAGAUGUCAACGGAACAAUGGCGUGAGCACGUUCGAAGAGGGCACUUACCAUAUCGGUCAGAUUGCCUGACGUGUGUUUCUGCUGGCGCGACGGGAAGAAGACAUGCAAGGGUCGAGCACCCAAGUUGCUUCGUUAUGUCGGCAGAUGUGAGUGGUCCCUUGAAGGUUCCAGGGUUGGACGCUGAUGCCAGAGGUGCUUUCCCACGUCCACACAAGUACAUCUUCGUGGCCAAGGUACGAAUCCCCAAAGGCCUGGUAGACGACGGUCGCGGUGCAUUUGUUGAGUAUGACCCAGGAGAACUGGAAGCAGAUGGACCCAUAGCCGAAGGUGCCUUCGACUUUCCGGAAGAUGGUCCCACAGGAGCUGAUGUUGAAGAAGUUGUUCGCGAAGAAGAACCUGUGGAAGCUGGAGAGGACGAUGAUAAUGGGGUUCACGCCAAAAGAAAGGAUCCUCAGCGACAUGAAGAUGACUCAGACCUUACGGGCCCAGAUUUGGUGAACUUAGUGUUUGCUGCAGCGAUGCCGGACAACAAAAGUGCUACAGUGCUGGAGUGUAUCCAAGAUGUUGUUCUCUACUGCAAUUCUCUCAACAUACCAGUACUUCGCUUUCACUGUGAUCGUGGAAUGGAGUUUUAUGCGAAAGCAACCCGACAGCGGCUGAAGUACCAUGGUAUUCGAUUCACCACUAGUGAAGGUGGGCUUCAUCAACAGAAUGGAGUGGUGGAGAAUGCGGUUAAGUAUGUCAAGCAGCGAGCAAGAACCUUACUUUUCGGGUCCAAAUUACCCCAGAGAUUGUGGCCUCAGGCGGUGUCUAUGGCUGCGGCAUCCCAGCGGGCGACUACACUGGGGAUGGAGACAAAGCUGGCAGCGCCAUUCGGCGCACGGGUGUUGGUGAGAAAGCGAGAAUACGGUGGAAGUGCUGAGCCAGGAAAACCUGAUGACUUAGCGCCGAGAUGGGUGGAAGGCAAGUACCUUGGUCUUUCAGAUACGGUACGAAGGGGACAUGUUAUCUAUGUGACCGAGGGCGAGACUGAGAAGUUCAUCCAUACAGUCCAUGUUCGCACUGAGUUCACCGAGCCCGAGAUCCCAGACGUUUUCGAAGCUGAUCUACCUGGUCCUCCUAGUCGAAGAUUGAGGUCAAAGGCAGCUGGGAGUGGCGAUGUAGUGUCGGUGUCAAAGGCUCAGACUAUCGUGGGAGAUGAAGAGCUAAAAGCAAAGGCUCAGGCGUUGAUGAGCUCUUGGUCUCAGGAGGAGGCGGAGAGCUUGUGUGUUCAGAUUUCACUGCGUGGAUCGCAGAUUUCAGUCAACGCCCAAAAGGACCUUCAUAUCGAUAGUAACAACUUGUCCGGGAAGAGCAACUACCUGUACCCCAUCGUAAUGCCUCGUCGUGGAGGAGAUCUUUGGAUAGAGAUUUCAGAUGGGGACGUUGUACGGGGAAAGGUCACAGAGAUGCUAGAUUCCCGUGGAGUUCCUCAUUAUGGCUGCGUGAAUCCACUGGAGCAGGGUCGGAUUAUGGUGUUUGAUCCUCAUCGACGGCAUGCUGUUCUCCCGUGGAAAGGAUUGAGGAUAGUGCUAGCUGCCUAUACAACGGGUGUGCUGCGGAAUCUGUCAGGAUGUGAUCGCGAAGUCCUUGCUCGUCUUGGAUAUCCAGUACCUCCAGAAUGCGAUGAUCCUACAGUAGAGGUGGCACUCCGGAUGAUGUCGCUGCAAGCACCACAAAGUGGGAGCUACCUUAAGGAGAUUGAAGACGAGAUCUAUGUUGCCCCCGAGAAUGUUGCGGAGGAGAGUGUCAAUGGCGGUAGUGGUUCCCUUGAGUCACAAAGCUCGGAUGAGGAGGAGAAGAUCAAUGAUGACUUUAAGAUCCGCUAUACAGAUGAGGACCUGGAGCAUUGGGACAUGUACUUACCACUUCAAGAAGGUGAUCCAGAAGUGGCUCCUAAGGCAAGGAUUGCAUCCUCCAGUACCACCGUCCGAAUGAGUAAGAUCGAAGUGGCGUACACCCCAAAUGUGGAGCAGCUACUAGAUGAAUUGUCUGCACCCUUGGCGAUAGUACACACAGUCGACCCGAAGGAGGCACAGGACAAUUUCUCCAGAUGGGUUCCCUCGGUUGAAAAGGAGAUGAAAUCUUUUGACCAUGCCGUCAGGAAGAGAAGCUCACAAGAACCGCAAGUACGAGAUGAUAUUCGAAAAGGGGUGGCUAAGGUGGUGCCCAUGAAGAUCGUCUAUACAGUUAAGCCACCCAGUGAAGAUGGAGUUGCACAUGGUGACUGGAUUCGCCGAAAGGCAAGAAUUGUUGCAUGCGGAAACAUGAUGGCGGCUUCUGGUGAAGACACAUACGCAGCUGCGGCUCCGGCGGAGGUGGUAAGGUCUUCGUUAGCAAUAUCAAGCUCGAAAGGAUGGGAUGCAGGCGUCAUCGACAUCACAAGCGCAUUUCUGCAGACCCCAUUGUCGGAGGUGAAUUGUCACUUUCGUGUGUUUGGCCAACCUCCUCGCGCUCUUGUUCGUGCCGGCCUAUGCUCGGAGGAAGAACUCUGGGAGUUUACCCACGCUGUUUAUGGCUUGCGGGAAAGUCCGAGGUGGUGGGGAGAGUUUCGUGAUGUCAGUUUAGCGCGCUUGAUGGUCCGACUGGGCGACAGAAAGGUGACCUUAGCAAGAUGUCGUGUAGAAAGCAGCUGGUGGAAGGUGAUGGAGGAAUCAUCUGUCAUUGGGGUGAUCUUCAUAUAUGUGGAUGACAUUCUUAUCUGCUCAACUCCCCCCGUCGUGAAGGCCGUUGCGCAGGCGAUCAAAGAGCUGUGGUCUACCAGUCCGUUGGCUAUGGCGUCCGAAGGUGCAAUAAAGUUUUUGGGGUUGGAGAUUGAAAAGAUCGAGGGUGGCUUCGCAAUUUCUCAGGCCGACUAUAUCUCCGAAUUACUACGGAUUCACGGAGUGAAGGAGACACAAAGAGAUGUUAUUCCGGUGGCUCGAGAACAAUCCUCCUUUUUGGCGACAGAGGAAGAAGCAAUGUUUUCGGAAGCCGAGUUGCGUGAAGCUCAGCAAUAUGCCGGUGAAAUAUUGUGGUUGUCUCAGAGGUCGCGACCUGAUCUCGCAUACGUUGCGAGCCUUACAUCAUCCCUUACAACAAAGGCUCCGAGAAGAGUUUCAUCGAUCACCAGAAAGGUCCUGGGUUUUUUGCAACGCACAAAAGACUACAGGCUGCACCUGGUAUCUCAAGGUCCAGAGCUGACAAGCUGGACCGACGCGUGGCCGGAGCCACACGGGAUGGCUCAUAACGGCAGGCGACUCUCCAUUGGCGUGGCGCUCAUCGCGCCAAAGCAGCGUGACGUUGUCGACUGCAGAGGCAGAGCUCACUGCCUCCGUAGAGGGGGCAUUGGCACUUUCCAGUUUACGUGCGCUCUGGCAGGAGAUAGAGGACAAAGAGAUACCGCUGGUGUUGAAAACCGACAGUAUGUCUUCGAUGGCGAUACAGCAUGGGAGUGGAUCCUGGCGCACUCGUCAUCUACGGAUCAAGGCCGCAUGGAUAGCUGA